CUGAGCUAGCAAGCAUGGUUAUUUAAAAUCUGGUUUAUUACUUUCUUCACAAAUGAAUGUGCUGUAUAUAUGAUUUUAAAUUUUUUAUACGGGAAUACAAAAUGUCAAUGACAAAUGCAGACAAAGGGUGGGCUUUGAUUAUCCUUGUGGCUGCGUUCGUAGAGAAUUGUUUAGUGGGAUUCUCUCUCUAUGCUAUAGGACUCAUUCAUAUCAUAUUUUUAGAAAAGUUCAAAAAGGAAAUAACUUUAACGUCAUGGAUUAGUGCUAGCUUUAUAUGUCUCCUUAGCUUGACAGGACCUUUAGCCAGUUAUUGCAUUGGCAGAUGGGAUUGUCGAGUUACCAUGAUAAUGGGAUCACUCCUCAUGACGACAUCUCUAGUGGUCACAGCAUUUGUAAACAAUAUACUACUGGCCUUCAUAUUUUUCGGUGUUUUAGCAGGUCUUGGAGUAGGUCUGAUGUUUACAACUGGAUUAAUUGUUAUAGCUUUUAACUUUGAAAAGAAACGUAACUUAGCAACCGGUAUCGCUGUAGCAGGAUGUGGAAUUGGUCCAUUUAUAUUAAGUCCUAUUUAUCAGAUGAUUUAUAACGAAUAUGGAUAUAAUGGAUUCUUUCUAUUCUACGCUGGACUAUCUUUCAACGUAUGCGUUGUUGGAGCAGUUCUGCGACCGUCGCGAUUGGAAGUAUCUAGCAAGAUGGCAAAAAAUAGAAAUAGAAUGUUACGUAAAAAGUACUGUGAAUUUGAUUUAACAGUUGUGCAAAAUAUACCAUUGUUUUUUGUAUGCAUAUCGGGAGUGUUCUUCAAUAUUGGAAUUUUUAUUAUCUACUUACAUUUCCCGGCAUAUGCAAUAGAAAAUAAUUCCACACAAAUGGAAGUUUCUUGGUAUUUAUCUAUAGCAGGUAUUUCUAGCUGUAUUGGAAGAGUGUUAUUGGGAAUGGCAACAAACAGUGAUGAUGUUAACGAAGAUAUAGUAUUCUUUGGAACGUACUCGCUCAUCGGAGCUGCCACCAUUGUAGUGCCUUUAUUCAUUAAAAUUCAUUAUGCUAAAAUAAUGUAUUCUAUAGUGUUAGGAAUGAAUUCUGGGAGCUGUUACGUUGUUAUUAGUACUAUUGUUUUAAGAUUGACUGGACCUGACCACGUUGCACAUGGAACUGGUUAUGUUAUGGCCUACAUAGGAAUUGGAUCAUUAGUUGGACCACCUUUAGCAGGUGUUAUCGUUGACAAUGGUGGAAGCUAUGCAUCAUCGUUUAUUAUAGCAGGAUUAUCACUGAUACUUGGUGGUUUUACAGAACUCUGUAAUGUUUGUUUUAAAACGGACCUUUACAAUAAACCAGCGAUUGAAGAAAUUGAGAUGUCAAUUGGUGAUAAAGAGAUUAUUAGUAAAUACACUCAUGCCAAGGAGGAGAAAACUGUGUUAACAUAAAAUAAAUUCAUUACUAAAUUCCAGAAGGAACUAUUAGAACUUUUUGUUUAUUGUUCAUGAAUGUCACACAAUAGAACUAAUAUUGAGUAUUUAUAACAUUGGUUGUAGCACAGUCGUUUUAUAGAACAGCAAAAACAUCAUUCUAUAAUUGUCUGUCCCAAGUCAAGAGCCUGAUGUUGUCUUUUGUUUGCUAUCGUCAUUUGUUUUUCGUUUAUUGUUUUGUCAUAAAUCUGGUCGUUGGCUUUUUUUUCCCUUGAAUUGUUUCACAUUUUGUCAUGUUGGGGUCUUCUAUAGUUGACCAUACGGUAUGCAUUUUGCUCAUGUUGAAGGCUAUACGGUGGCCUAUAGUUGUUUAAAUUCGUUUCAUUUGGACUCUGUUGCAUAGUCUCAUUGGCAGUCAUACCACAUCUCCGCAUUUUAUAUUUGUUUUUUUCCAAGCUAUUUAAUGCAUGUACAGUUUAAAUACUACAGAAUAAUUAUGUUCGUGUCUUUACCAAUUAGCUCUUAUCAUGAUAAUGUCGCUUGUCUUUCAUGGUAAACUUGUAACUGUUACUUUGAUGAAUAUUGUUUUUAAAGAAUUGUACAUUGUUGUAGCAGAAAUAUUUUUUUUACACACUAAGGACAACUUUUGGCAAAUAUUCUCAAACAUCAGCAUAAGACAGGCUGGUAGGUAGUACUCAACAAUAAAUCUACUGAUUAACACUUAUCGUCAAAUGUUAUGCAAUCCCUUGAUAUCCAGAAAUGUAGAAGAAACCAUUGUUUAUCCCAAUUCAGAAACAAAAAUAAGGUUUUUAACGUUUGAAGGCCUACCCGAACCAUGUCUUUUCGAGUUGGUUGUGAUUCCACCGAUGAAGUUGCUUGAAAAUAUGCGUUACUAAAAUAUAUGCAAUUAGUGAUUAUUUCAGUCAGAAAUCACAAUAAAGGCCCUCUAUUUAUUAAUCUAAUAAAUCAAUUUUAUAAACAUAAAUAUUAAAAAAUUGUAAACCCAAAACUGGAACCAACAGUAAAAACGAGUGACUUUGAUCAAACCGGUCUGACUGAUAAGUCUGAAAAGACUCAAUAGAAAAUAACCAACUCAAGUUUAGGUUGUAAGUCAAUUAUGCGUACUUUUUAUAUUUCAGUACUGUUUAGACACUUUAUUUGAGAUCAAUUUUGAUCUCAUCAAUAUAUUCACAGAGUUUUCAGUAGCUGUUAUUUACAUGUACAAAUCAAAUAGUGAACUGUCAGAAAUGGUGGAUUUACUUCGGGCGAUGCGUUUGCAUUUUUAUGUGUAAUUACCGCAACAAAUAGAUCUGAGAAACAAUUCUACAUAUAUAUUAGUCCAUGCACCUAAUUGUUAAGGAGUUCAAGAUGGUAUCAAUUUCAAUGUUGACUGUUUGGACUAAGAUAUGUUAUGGUAAUUUAGGUGAAAAGUAUUAUCGGCAUCAUACUACAGCUAUGACUGUAAAUAUAGUAACACAAGCAAUUGUGGUUUGCAUCAGGCUUUAUGGCAUGUAGCAGGACUGUUAUAGUAAAGAAAUAAAUGUCGAUAUAUAACUUUUUUGCUAUAUGUCAUGAUUUUAUAGGAGUCCUCUUGUUAAUGAUCAUUCUGAAGUUUGAAUAAAUUUUAGAAUUAUAUCUUUCAGCAUAA